CAGAACAGACACAGACUAAACGGAUGAUAUAUUGAUUUAACAUCAGUUUAAAUCGAGAGUAUUUUAGCCUCCCAAUUCAAAGAUGGCCGAGCAGCAGCACUGACGGAUGAAUUUAAUUUGGCGCUUUCUGCAUGAGAUUAAAACUGAUGAACAGGAUUCGGAUCCACGUGUUGCCGUCCAGUAGAGGUCGAGUGACUCAAGCUGCUCGUGUUCAAGAGCCUCAGACCUGUUCUUACGCCCAGAGACCGUGUUCACAGCCUCGUCUGGAGGGCCUAGAGUUCUGCAUCAAACAUGUACUUGACGAUAAAAAUGCUCCCUACAGGCAAUGCAGCUAUGUGUCUAAUAAGAAUGGCAAGCGCUGCCCCAAUGCAGCCCCAAAACUAGAGAAAAAAGAGGGGGUAUCGUUCUGUGCUGAACAUGCACGCAGAAAUGCUUUGGUUCAGCAGGCUCAAAUGCGGAAAGCAUCUGCAUCAGGACCUUCCCCUGAAGUCUUGCUGUCUCAGCUCAGUGGCUACUGUCGGCCGGAAACUGGAGCUCACAGUCAAGAGGGCCGUAGUGAAGCUAGUCGCAUACUAGAUGAAGAGAGUUGGAGUGAAGAGGAGCAGGAUCCUGUUGUUUUGGAUCAGACAUGGAGAGGAGACCCCGACAGUGAAGAUGAAAGUCUUGACAGUGACCACGAAGACCCUUUAAAGCAUGCGGGUGUGUACACAGCAGAGGAAGUGGCACUCAUCACACGUGAAAAGCUAAUCAGACUUCAGUCCCUCUACAUUGACCAAUUUAAACGUCUGCAACAUUUGCUAAAAGAAAAGAAACGGCGCUACUUGCACAGCCGCAAAAUUGAGCACGAGACAAUUGGGAGCAGCCUUUUAACGGGUCCAGAGGGGCUGUCCACGAAGGAACGAGAGAACCUGAAAAAAUUAAAGGCUCUACGACGCUAUCGCCGUCGCUAUGGUGUGGAGGCUUUGCUGCAUCGCCAGCUCAGACAGAGAAGACAAGCGAUUUCUGAGGGAGGAACGCCACAGGCAAUGCAUUUAGGCCAGAGAUGUAUUUCCUUUGUGGAAGGGAAUCGCUGUUCAAAUCCGUGUCUGCCAAUGACGCGACACUGUGUCUCUCACAUUUAUCAAGACAGUAGCCAAGUUUUAUUCAAAAUGUGCCCUGGCCUGAAGGACGUUCCGUGUGAUCGGCCUGUGCACAUGGGACAGUCAGUAGAGCCCCGCUGUCCUCUGCACCUGUCCCUGCCUCCUCCCAUGUACCAGCCUGAGCAGGAGUCCAUUGCCCCGGAGCAGCUUGCGUCUGCACCCACAGACAUGUACCUCAGUGCCGCAGAGCUCCAGCCAACAGAAAAUCUACCUCUGGAAUUCAGUGAUGAUCUUGACGUUGAAGAUGAGGGUUUGCAGUGUCCCCCGUCCCCCUUGCUAUUCGACACAGCGCUUGCAUUAGAAGACCAGACCAUCAGAGAGAUCGCAGAGGCCCCCAUGGACAUUCUGACAGGGGCGGAGCAGGACGAUCUGGACUGCUCGGCCCAAGAUGCUGAGCUCUCGGAUAGAGACGAGGUGUCUGUGGAAGAUCAGGUUGAAUCUGAAAUGCUUGAAGCAGUUGGGCAAGCAGUUCCCAUGCAGAAUUCAUCAAAAGACUCUGACACGAAAACAACAGAUGCCUUCUCCUGAGCACCUCGUGACCUGAUUUUUCUCAGCUGUCGUUAUGUUGAUAUUUCAAACAGCCCAGAUAUCUAUUUAAAAGCCAUAUUUCUGGAAGUUUGCUUUGAUUGCUGAAGCAUUUUUAACCUAACAUUCUCAUUACUUAAAAUAGCACAGUAGCACAUGUUCUGAUAUAGACUGCAAGUGUCUUGUGAAAUUAAAAGGACAGUUAAAUGCACAGUUGGAUGUUUGUGUUUUGUACUGUAAAGAUAAGGUAUGUAUUUCACUACCAAAAGUCUCUAAGCACAAUCUCCCCUAAAAUCCAGUACAUUUCUGGUUCAUAUAUGAUCUAACAGCCCUGAAUCAAGGCCCACAGCUUGCUGUAGCUGUUGGUUUCAAACAGCGGCUGACAUAAAAGUCUUCUUACGGUUUGUUGACUUUCCCAGUGUUAUCUAAUGGGUGAAGUCGAUUCAGUUCGAAGGAACAAUUCAAGUUUUCCACCUUCUCUAGUUAUUUCAAUCUAAGUUAUUUCACAGUUAUGCCAGUGCUAGUUCUCUUAAUCUCCUUAACCCUUCACAAAAGACAUUUAUCAAGAAACUAGACAAGUUUUAUUCAAAAUGUUCCCUGGUCUGAAGGUCGUUCGGUGUGCUCGGCCUGUGCACAUGGGACAGUCAGAAGAGCUCCGCUGUCCUCUGAACCUGUCCAGUUAUAUAUGCACAGCUGAAAGUUUGUAAGGUAAAGAUAAGGUAUGUAUUUCAGUACAAGAAGUCUCUAAGCACCAUCCCCACUUCUAUCCAGUACAUUUCUGUUUCUGUAUGAUACUCAUGACUCACACUGGGAUUCAUUCACUAAAAUAAACCUUUACAACUCA